AUGAAAACAGACGUGAUGACCACUACACCACCGAGCCCAACAACUCCAACGCCCUCUCCAAAGAAUCUCCUUGCGGCCAACUCAGAUCAUCACUCCCCCAUGGAAACUCGUCAUUUGGAUUUCGUCUUACAAUUCACAAACGAUAUUCGCCAUAUUGACGGUGCGAGUAACGUGGUUGCCGAUGCAAUGUCUCGCAUGGAGUUGAACCAAAUAGGAACGCCAUCUCUCGAUUUGCAAAUUCUGGCAACUGGACAAAAUUCGGAUCCAGAUUUCACCGAAAUUACAUCCAAACCUUCGUUAAGUUUCGAAAGCUUACCCCUACCAGACUCCGAUACACGAAUCCAUUUCGAUGUUUCAACCGGCCAGCAAGGUCCAAAAACAUUCUCGCAGCCCGCUCGCCGCUUUCCCUCUUCCCGAAGCCCGUUUCCACCACAUACAUGUUCAUAUUGUGGGUGCGCUGCCACCAUCGAAACCUUAUACACAUAUACUAAUCUGUUUCCGCCGAUUUACACGUUGGCCAAUAGCAGUACAAAUACGCGAGACUAUUGCUACGAUGGUGGCGAAGAUACUAAUGGAUUCGUGGAUAUCCAUUUUCGGAGUUCACGCGGUAAUAACUACAGACAGGAACCCCAAUUCACUUCUACAUUGUUUCGGGAGUUAAACAUACACUUGGGAACAAGGCAACUAGGCUCACCACGUGGGGAGAAGAAAAUCGUCCGCCUGACUCGACCCGGACGUGAUGACCACUACACCACCGAGCCCAACAACUCCAACGCCCUCAACUCCAACGCCCUCUCCAAAGAAUCUCCUUGCAGUAGGCGACAGACUCGUCUAUGCGCUGGUAUCGCUUUCCGCUUUGUUCCGACUAAUCGCCUCCUCGCCUCCUCGGCCAAACCACGCCACCAACACCGCCCUCCUCAAUCGUGGCGAGAGGAAAAGAGGGCAAAGUGGACAAGGCAUACUGAGCAGCCCCAUCCUCCCACCACCCUUUCCCACCUCCAAAACCGUGGCAGUCAACAGCUCGGGUAUUCACAACACGCGGCGACCACGCAACUCGAGUCGACCAUCGCGCGUUUAUCUUCCCGAAGCGCAAUGGACAUGGAGAUGCCGGGGAUUGAACCCGGGGCCUCUCGCAUGCGAAGCGAGCGCUCUACCACUGAGCUACAUCCCCACAAAACAACCACCUGGCCGGCCAUCUUUCCACCCAACUCACACCUAACUCUUCGCCUUCGAGGUCAACCCACACAACCAACACCGUCCCCCUCAUUCGUGCGCUCUACCACUGAGCUACAUCCCCACAAAACAACCACCUGGCCGGCCAUCUUUCCACCCAACUCACACCUAACUCUUCGCCUUCGAGGUCAACCCACACAACCAACACCGUCCCCCUCAUUCGUGGUGAGAGGAAAAGAGGCCAAAGUGGAUAGCAAGAAGUCAAGGUGGACUAAACUUACUGAGCACAACACCCUCCCACCACCCUUUCUCACCUCCAAAACCGCCACCACCACUCGCGCACUCCGAGCCGACUUCUGGGUGGUGCAUGUCUGUCCACUCACGCUUGCGGAGGCGAAGCGCGUUAGUAGACGGCGGACUUGGAGAUGGACUUGGAGAUGCCGGGGAUCGAACCCGGGGCCUCUCGCAUGCAAAGCGAGCGCUCUACCACUGAGCUACAUCCCCGCAAAUUCCAGUCCCCAGCCCCCCACUCCCCUCCCCCAUUGCAAACCCUUCAACAACAAACUACAGCAAACCAAUAUAAGCUCAGUGCGAGUGCAGUCAGUAUCGAGUGAGUGGUGGGAGUGGAUAUGGGGUGGGCCGUUGGGAGAAAAAAGGUGUGCGCCAGCCGGGAUUCGAACCCGGGUCGCGUGCGUGGGAGGCACGCAUGAUACCCCUACACUACUGACGCGUUCGCGUCGCGCCAUCUUCAAAUCCACCUUCCCAAUGCAUUACACUCCUCAUCCCCAUCCUCAUCCCCAUCCUCAUCCUCAUCCUCAUCCUCAUCCUCCGCCCCUUUCCUUCCCAUCACCCUCCGCACAAGCUCUAAACCCAAACAACCUCUCUCCGAUCCCGCCUAAUUUUACCCCACCAACACUGAUCAAUUCCUCUCGCCACAGCACAGCCUCCUCGGUUGGCAGGCAGUGCCGCACCUCCACCACAGGAGCACAGGAGUGGAGGUGCCUCACCCCCCACAAGUCAGUGUGGCCGAGCGGUCUAAGGCGCCAGACUCAAGCGAGAGCUUUCUGGGAAUUCUGGUCCUCGUAUGAGGGCGUGGGUUCGAAUCCCACCGCUGACAUCCACUUUUCCUCCUUCGCUCUCCAACGUGACCAGCCUCCAUCUUCACAGUCAGACACCGACUUCCACCCCCCACCCAAGGUGCGCCGCAUCCUCUCCUCCCACGUCCUCAAGCAAGAGAAUGGCGCAUUGACCACUGCGCGUGACUUAACCCCAUGA